CCACAUAAAAAAUCAACUCAUCAAUGGCAUCUCUAUCAUCUUCUCCUUCUGCUCUGGCCUUUUCUUCAAAAUCGUGGAAGUACCAUGUUUUUCUUAGCUUUAGAGGAGAAGAUACUCACAAGACUUUUGUGGAUCAUCUCUACACAGCUCUUGAACAACAAGGGAUCUACACUUACAAGGACAAACGAAACACUUCCACGGGGCGAAUCGAUAGGUCCAUCCCUUGUGAAGGCUAUAGAAGAAUCUGAAAUUGCUGUCAUCAUAUUCUCUGAAAACUAUGCAGUUUCUUCAUGGUGCUUAGAUGAACUUGCAUGUAUUAUGGAAUGCAAGGAUGCUAAAGGUCAAAUUGUUAUGCCUAUAUUUUAUGAUGUGGAUCCCUCUGAAGUGCGAAAACAAAAAGGAAAGUAUAGAGAAGCAUUUGCAAAACAUGAGUUGGAGAACAAAAAAAAAGUUAAACCUUGGACACAAACAUUUGCCAAACAUGAGUUGGAAAACAAGACCAAGGUUGCAUCUUGGAGAAAAGCACUUGUGGAUGCAAGUAAGAUUGCUGGAUUGGAACCCAAGCACAUUGCUAAUGGGCAUGAAUCAAGGGUUAUCAAAGAAAUUGUUGACACAAUUUCAUAG